AUGCAGGAGCACCUUUCAGAAACAAACAAGUUUUUGACAGCACAGCCAGGCCUGAAUUUUUCAUACUGUUCUGAAAAUGCUACCAUCUGCAAUGGCACAUCCUGUCUACUCCCUACUAAUGAUGAGUUCAACAGAAUUCUGAACUUUAUUUUGAGUACCGUACUCACAGUCAUGUUGGCAUUGGUGAUGUUUUCCAUGGGCUGCAAUGUGGAGCUAAAAAAAUUCUUAGGACACAUCAGAAGGCCAUGGGGCAUAAUGGUGGGUUUUCUCUGCCAGUUUGGAAUUAUGCCUCUCACUGGCUUCGUGCUGUCGUAUGCCUUCAAUGUGCUUCCAAUCCAAGCUGUUGUUAUUAUCAUCAUGGGAUGCUGUCCUGGUGGAACUGCUUCUAAUAUUUUAGCUUACUGGGUAGAUGGCGACAUGGAUCUAAGCAUCAGUAUGACAACAUGCUCAACCUUGCUGGCCUUGGGAAUGAUGCCACUUUGUCUCCUUGUUUAUACCAAAAUUUGGACAGACUACAACUCCAUCUUGAUCCCCUAUGAUAGUAUUGGUAUUUCACUGGUAGCCCUUGUUGUUCCUGUUUCUGUUGGGAUAUUUUUUAAGCAUCGGUGGCCCACCAAAGCUAAAAUCAUAUUAAAGGUUGGCUCCAUAAGUGGUGCAGUUCUCAUAGUGAUCAUAGCUGUGGUUGGAGGGAUAUUGUACAAAGGGUCCUGGACAAUCACACCUCAGCUUUGGAUUGUUGGAACCAUAUUUCCAGCAGCUGGUUAUUCGCUAGGCUUUUUUCUAGCCCGUGUAGCUGGACAGCCUUGGCACAGGUGUCGUACAGUGGCUCUCGAAACAGGGAUGCAGAACACUCAGCUUUGUACAACCAUAGUGCAACUCUCUUUCUCCCCUGAGCAGCUGGCACUGAUGUUCACUUUCCCACUCAUCUAUAGUAUUUUCCAGCUUGGCUUUGCAGCAAUGAUUUUGGGAGUUUACCAGGUAUACAAAAAGUAUUUUGCUGAUCGAAAGACAGACUUAACAGAAAAAGAAAAUGUAUCUGAAUCCACCCCAGCACCAACAUACUCAACUAUGAAUGGAGGAUUUACACCGGAAGAAGAAGCAGUAGAAUCCCCUGGGUCAGUGAAAGGAAAAGUAUAA